GGGCAGGGCAGGGCUCCGCUCCGCCGCCGCAGGUGCGGAGGGGCUGGGCCAGAAGACGCUGAGCCCCGGCCGUGCUGCGCAGCUCCUUGGCGGCUCCUCGCAGUUCCGUGCAGCAGGCGCCGGGCGGCGUCCCGGGAGCGGAGCGGCGCGCCGGGAGGGAUCCCCGCGCAGGGCCGCGCCCGCCCACUCCCUUGGCGGCUCCCGCCCUCCGGCCUCGGCGCUGCGCUACCGGCGUAGUCCCGGGCUGGGACAGCUCCCGCUGUCGGGCGAGGCGCUCUAGGGCGGGGCGGCGGGACUGGGACGCGACGUCUCGGGCUGCCCGGGCCGGGCUGACAGCGCGGCGGCCCCGGCCCCGCACUGCGCCCCGCCGGCCGCGCGGGGGCGCUCUCCCGGCGGGCCGGGCGGUCCCCGCGCCGCCGCCGCUGUCGCGUGCCCCGGAAGGCCCCGCGCGCAGGCCCCGCGCUGUGUCCGCCGCGCCAUGGCCGCGCUGGCCCGCACGCUCGGCAUCUUCGGCGCCUUCGUGGCCAUGGUGGGAGCCGCCUUUUACCCCAUUUAUUUCCGGCCGCUGCUGCUGCCGGAGGAGUACAAGAAUGAGCAGUCAAUAAACCGAGCUGGUAUUGUUCAAGAGGAUAUUCAGCCUGCAGGGUUAAAAGUGUGGUCGGAUCCAUUUGGAAGAAAGUAAUUGGCAGCUGGAUGUAUUGCAAAACUGAAGAUGGAUGUCUUCAGCUGCUUCUUCUUUCACUGAAGUGUGUCUUUAGGUGUCACUGGAGCAGAAUUCUGAAUAUGCUAUGGGCACAUGAGGAGCAACAAAGGCAUCUGCUUGGAAUCCCAAGAGAUAAAAACAUGCUAGUUUUGAGAGAGAAUGCUGGUGCAUAGCUCACAGACUGUUAGAAAGCUAAAUGAUUACCGAGUAUAGAAAUGAAAUAUUUAUUUCCUUGAGAAAAGGAAAAAGGAUUUUCUUCUAAUCUGUACACUUGUAAAUUAUGGAUAGAAUAAAUCAUGCAGACUGCUGCAAUUUCCUCCCUAGUUUGAAAGUUACACCAUGGUGAGUGUAAAAUUGUACAUUAAAGAAUUUAAACCAA